GCCGCGUCCGCCGCCACUCCGCGUCCGGACGUCGUGCUGCAUACAUAUAGCGGCUCCCGUUCCAACCUCGGCCAUCCUCUGCCGCUCCUGCAACAGGACCCAGCGCCGUGAAAGCCGCUACAGUGACUCGUCUCAACUCGCCUUAGGAUCUCCUGAUAUUGCCGCGAAAUCUUUAAGACGCGACUUCCCGAGGCAGCAGCAGCGACUUCCUGGUCCCGACGGCCUUCACAGACACCCGUUCAGCAGCAGCAGCACCUUCUGCGUCAACAUGAUCGCCCUUCUACAGCUCCUGGUGGUGGCGCUGGCGUCGAGGUUCACUUCCGGCCAAGACUCGAUCUUCUUCCCAGGCGAUUCGAUCAACGGCACUUCUCCGGUAGUCGCCACGACCCGAUUCCAACCAAUGCUCUCGGCGGAACUGAGGUCCUCGACGCCUCCGCCCAGGUGUGCGAUGAGGGCAGGCCAGGACCCCGAUUCACCAUGCCUGGAGGACGCAGACUACAAUGAUAAUCUGAAAGCUGACUACAACUAUCCCUUAGCCUAUUCUCCCUUAGAGAGAGAGAGAAUAUCAGCAGUGGAGAUCUGCUGUAGAUCCAGCAUAUUAUACUCGAUCGUGAAAGACCCUGUUAUAAACAGGUUUUUGAAUGACGAAAUAGUGGAAUUCCGCACCCGGCCGGUGACGACGCGCCUCGGAGUCUCGGAGACGCCCGUGUGCCAGUCGGAGGAGACGCUGAUCUUCCCCAAGCGAGCCAAGUCCGCCAGCGACGAGUGGGUCUUCGUCCUCAACCACGAGAAUGUGGAACAGGCGCUGAGAGUCGAGAAGUGCAUAAACGAGGGCGCGGCUUGCGAGUUCGAGUCCCCGUUGCCCCCUGAGAUAAGGACCGUGUGCAGGCAGAAGUACGUGUACCGAAGGAUGCUCACCGUCGGAAGCAACAAGAUCCAGCCUGAAGAAGUCCUGAUGCCAUCCUGCUGCGUCUGCUACAGGAAGACCUCUGGCUUCGACAUCGGCUCCCGAACCCGUGUGCCGGGCACCGCCUCCGGCAGCGGUCUUCCAGUCACUCCUAGCGGUUCUCAACCUUUCGUCAACAACCAGCCCAUCCUGGCUCCACCGGCCAACUUCGGAAACCAGCCUGCGCCGCCCUUCAACCACAGGACCAUCCGUCGACGUGGCUUUUUCGGCCCCGGGAGAACCUUUUUCAAUAACUGGCAAUAAGGAGUCAGCCUGCUGGGGUUUGUCCAUCGUUCUCCUCUGCAAGGAUGUGUAUGCUCGCCAUGCAGUACCUCUCUUGGGAGUGUCUUCCAAAACAAAAAAAACAGUGAGCAGAUUUCAUGGAUGGCCUUGGGACACAUACAACACUUUGCAGGGUCACGCAAAGUGUGUGCAUGUUGUGGUGCCUAUACAGAUACAUUUAUGAUGUAACUUACAUAUACACACGAUGAGGUCUGCCCUUUGAAAAAUUACUGUUAAUUAUCUCCGGUCUCUCUACUCGUUCACUUUCGAUGCAAGACUUGAUCAUAUGUGUUGCUCAGCUAUCUCACAUUACUAGGUUAUAAUAGCUACGUCUUCCAAACUACACGGGGUCGAUUUCGCAAACUGUCCGAAAGAAAUUGGAAAGAAGCUUUUCUUCUAUGCUUAUCAAAAAUACUUACAAAAAUCAGGUACAAACUAUUUAUAUUUGUAAAGGAUGUAUUAUUUUUGUUCUCCUUUUUGUUCCUUUCGUCCCAUAAUGAAAUGAACAAUGAACAAAGCUCCCUGAAUGAAGUACUGCCAAACGGCUUCAUACUACUGUCACCUCAGAUGUAAAGGAACAAUUUCUUUUACAGAGGCAUUAGGGCUUGAGUGUGAGAAAUUCAGUAGAAUUCCUGUUUUGCAUUAAUCAAAAAUAAUAGGCAAGCUUUCAGUUAAAGUACAAUUUACACCAAGAAAAAAAAAUAUAACAAUAACCUACAACCUCAGAGCUUGUAAUGCAUAGGGAAAUAAAUAAAUAUGUAGAGAAUAAUAGGAGAAUAAUCCAUCAGCUUUAAUGUUCUUUUAUAGGAAAGUAUAAUAAAGUAUAUGAAACAUUA